AUAUUGCUUUCAUUCUGGAUCAACAAAUGGAAAUGCAGGCUGUUGUCAAUGAACACACAACAGGGGAUGUGGCCGUGUUGAAGGAUCAGAUACGCAAGUUGAAGGAGGAGCUGUUUCGUAUACGAGGAACAGCACAGGGUUUGUCACCACUUCGGAACUCUCUGCAAGCUUCAGGCACCAUGCUGCUAGCGGAUGCACUGAGGUCACCCGUGGGUUCGUUUGAUCUCACAAGGUCAUUGGUGGGUAAGGAAAGCCCCGGCCAAAUGACAAAGAUGCGCAGUCUGGAGAUUGUUCUGGCCGGUACCAUUCGACGAGAGCAGGCUGCACAGACUCUGCUGAGGAAAAAGGAUGCUGAGAUAGAGGAGCUGAGCCGGAUGGUUAAGUUACGUGAGGGUGAUGCCGACUGCUGCAGGAUGGUGCUGAAAAUCCGUGAUGACAAGAUCCGACGGUUGGAGGCGGUCGCAGAUGGGCUCAUAAAGAAUGCUGAUGCAUAUUUGCAGGAGGAGAACGAAAGCUUUCAAGAAGAGCUGGCUUUGCUACGCAGGAAGUUGGAUAACCACCCUGAAGUUGCGAAGUUUGCAGUGGAAAACAUGCAGCUUCUCGAACAACUCAGCAGGUACAGGGAAAUCUGCGAUCUUGGGGAGUGUGAGAGGUUGAGAGCUGAAAUUGGUGAUCUUGUCGAACAGGUUGCAAGUUUGUUAGAGUCAAAUCGGCGAAGUUCCCUAAUUUAUGGAAAGUUUGGGGUGGACAGCCAGCUGGAUCCUUCACGGUCAUUCAUUUCAGGAACACAAAAGGGCGAUGCGAGCAAGUUUGAGGUUGAAGCCCUCCAGGAGUUGUCUGAGUGCCAACGCAGUCUGGAAUCUGCCUUAGAGGCUAAUGCAAGGAUGGCGAGGCAAGUUGAUGAAAUGCAAGAAGAAAUUUUAAGUCUCAGAGAAACGCGGGCGAUGAUGGAGGCUCGAAUUACUGCUCUGAAGGCAAAGAGUCGUGAAUCCAUUGGCAUUACUCUGCGGGAAGCACAUACUCCGUCUGCCGAGGUUGAGAAGUUGCUCGCCCAGCUUGCAGAGGCAGAUGAGAGUGUGAAGGAAGAGGUUGAAGAGAGGAGUAGAGCAGAAGAGGAUCUCAGGAACACAGUCAAUGAGCUCAGGCAAUUGAGAAAAGAACUGAAGGAUACGAAGACACACAUUGUUAAUACGGACAACCUUUUGGAGAGAUUGAGCGAAUCUGAGCAAAUGCUAGCAUCCUCUAAGGCUGAAACAGCAAAGGCUAUUGAACAGCUUGAACAACUUGAGAUGGAGAAGACAGCCAUGGAUCAGAGCUACAAGAUUGAGAUUGCCCAGCUGAUGGAGUCCAUGGAUUGUCGAGAACAGGAAUUUGCACGCAGGGAGGCUGAACUAUCUAAAGAGGCCCAAGAGCUGCAUGUUAGAGUGGGGCUGCUCGAGGAUGAUCACGUCACAAUGCGUGAAUUUGAGGAAAUGCAUUCUGUCAAGGCAUCCAACAUGGACAUCCCAGGUGGGGAGGAAACCAGCAAAAGGGAUCAUAUUGCUGAGGAGCUGACGUUGUUGGUCCCUCAGUUGGAGAAAGAGAAAGCUGAGCUUGAAGCUAGACGUGAUGAACUCGAAAUGGAGAUAGCCAACCUCGUAGAAUUGCAGAGGAAGGAGAGAGAGUUGAGAGUGAUGACUGAGAAAGAGAGAGAUGAUAGGGUGGUAGAGGUAGAGGAGCUGAAGAGUGCGAUGUCGGAGAAAGGGUCAGUUAUUGUGGCGUUAAUGACGAAGCUGGAAGGGAAUGCAAAGGCUAUGGUAGCACGUCAAGAAGAGGUAGAUGGACUCCAGGUGAGGAUCGAGGAGAUGGAGGAGGAACGGAAAAUUGUUGAUGAAGAGCUGAAGGUUCUGAAGGAAGAGAUGGCCAAGGAGAGGAGCCUGCAGGAACUGAACAGUCCAAAGGACAUGGAAAUUGCUGUAAGGGAGGCAAGGAUGAAGCUUGAAGAGGAGCGUAAAGCAAGGCAUGCUGCCGAAAUUGGUCGGGAUGAGCUAGCAUUGGAGCUAUCAUCUCUCCAAAAGGACAUGGAAGAAGCUCAGAACACAAUAAAAAUGUUAAUGACUGAGCAGUCGCUCUUUAUGGCUGAACAAUUUUCUCCUCGAAUAUUGGGGGACAGAAUGGGUCGUCGCGUUUCCUGUGGAAUGCCAAUGCAUUCUCAGCGAAAUGAGUUGAGGGAGGCAAAGGCAGAGGCAAGAGAAGCGGAAGAGAGAGAGAGUUUUUUAAGAAACGAACUGCGGAGAACUCUGCAGCUGUUAGAGGUAAAAGAGAAGGAAAUCGGGCAAAUCCAGGGCUGUGACAAGGACUCCGAGAGGGACCUCUGUGGGUUCGUGUCUGAAACACAUGGGAGGAUGAGCAGCCUCGAGGGACAAAAACAGAUUGCAGGUGGAAAAGGGAGAUUGCAGGCAGAUGUUUCGGCUUUUAUGCAGGAGAAGGCUAAAGAUGAGGUAAAGAUUGCUGUAAAAGAGACUCAGACAGAUCCGUUACUGUCCCAGGAAAAGAUAGCUGAGAACCUGGAGGUCUUGCAAAUGGAGCUGGAAAGAGCUCGAGAGAGUGCAGCUAUGGCAGAGGCACGUGCAGAAGAUGCUUGCAAAAGCAAGUUGUCUGCUGAGCUGGAAGUGGAAUGGUUAACAGACCAGAUGCGGAAUGCUGAACAGAAGCUAGCAGACGAAGAGAGGUCGAAGAAGAAUUUGCGAAGUGUUAUCUUCCAUCUCAGAGCAUUGUGCAAUGAUGGUGAUGAUCCCGUUAGUGCAGAGGACCAAGAUGAUGAUGCAGUGUGGCUAGUGGAGAUGGUUAGAGAGAAAAUGGACAGGCUAAAGAAUGAGGUAGCGAUUAUGAGCCAGAAGAAGCAGGAUUGGGAAAUUUAUGAAGAACGGAAGAAAAAUGAGCUGGAGGCUUUGAUGGCUAGAAUCUGUGCUUUGCAGACGGAUCUUGUGGAUGUGGAGCUGAGAGCGAGCCUUGCAGAAGAUCUUGCAAGGAGAGAGCAGGCAAGAGCCUCCAAACUUGAGGAGGAGGUUGCAAAGGCGGAUGUGUGGAAGGUUUCGUUGGAUGCCCAUGUUGAGGAGAUUGAUCACAUGAGACUGUCUGUGAAGGAGGAUGGAGAGGAGAAGAAGUCCGGUUGGAAGGGAUUGGCCCACUCACUUUCGAAAAUAGGGAAGAAGGACAAGUCGUUUGAGAAGCUUAAGGUGAUGAUUGUCUCAGCGAAGCAGGAAGCAAGGAGGGUUGAAGAGAUCAAGGAAAAGGAGGUAAAGGCGGCCAUACAGAGGGCGGAAACUGCAGAAAGAGAGAUGGCUAUUGCUCAUGCGUCAAAGAAAAAGAAGGAAAUUGAGCUGCAAGUCCUCUUAUCACAAGUCGAAGACCUGAGAAGCGAACUUCGGAAGAAAGUUUCUGAAAUUUGUGUGUUGAGGAAUGCAUCCAAUGACUCUUCCAGCCUAGGUCCGUCGUGUUUGAAGAGUGAGGAAUCAAGCAUUAGUGAGAAAUUGCAUUCUUUGGAGGAGGAGCUUGAGACAGAAAGACGAAAGACAGGAGUGCUUGAGAUGGAGCUGGACGAGAUGAGAGCAACUGCCUUGGAUGCAGAGCUUGUGAGGAGAGAGGCAGAAGCAAUGGUGGGGAGGGAAAAAGCUUUGAAAGGUGAACUGGUGGCCAAGACGAAGAGGAUAGAGGAAUUGGAGCUGGAGAUGGUGGAUCUGAGAGCUGUAGUAGGGGAAAUCGAGGAAAUAAGUCUUGAUCAGGAGAAAAUGGUUGAGAGGGAAAAAGCACUGGAGGAGAAAUUGGAAAGCAAGUGCAGGAGGGUUGAGGAACUAGAACACAUCCUAGCUGCCAAGGAGGAAGGCAGGCGAAAUGAUCAGAAUCAACUUGGCAAUUGGGGAAAGCUGCUGAUGGAGUUGACUGACACCCAGGAAGAGAGAAAUAGAGCAAUGGCGGAUCGGGAAGCUCUCAGAAGAGAACUUGAAGUUGUUACGGCUCAGGCUAAAGAGAGGGAAUUCAUUGCAAUGGAAGCGCAGGAGAUGGCAAAGCAGUGUAAACAAGCUGCAGACAAGAAGGAGGCGGAACUAAAAGCAGCCUUACAGCUGCAAGAGGAAUUGCAGGCAAGAGCUACAGCUCUCGACUUGCAGGUCAAUAAAUUGAAGGCAUGCCAGACUCUUCAAAGAGGGGGACAGGAGCAGUGUCUGUCAAGACGGCAAACUCUUUCACGAGGAACACAGGACCAAGAGAGAACAAUGCCGUCUCAGGACAUUGAUAAGUCACUCGCAAGAGUGCUAUUUAGCACAUCACCUGUAUCUGCAAACACAUCUGCUCGGCCUGUGAACUGUGACGAAGAUCCCCGAACACUUUUUGUGCAGUUGCAGGAGACAACAUCGCUUGCAACAAAGCUGCAGAAAGAGAAUUAUGAUCUGCGCAAACGCCUGGUAGAGUCAGAAGGGAUGACACAUGAUGUCGUUCGCGAUCUCCUGGGGAUUGGGAGAGAGAGCAGUGCAAACUCACUGGUAGGCAUGACAAAGAAGCUGAGCCCACCACCAGUCAGCUCAAGGACUCUCUCAACCCCUAGCACAGCUGUUAGACAAACUCCAAGCACUGCCCAGUUCCAGCCAGUUCCUUCAUCUUUAAUUAAGGCAGGUCAAGAAAAGGUGCGACGGCUCAGCAUGGAAGCCAGAAUUAAGGACGAAGAACUAGCCCAAGUAAGGGCACGUUUGGACGAGUUCAUUUUGGAGAGGGAGAGAUGGUUGGAGGAAUUGAGUCAUCAGCGCACGGAAGCUUGUGCAGCACAUGUCUCCUCAGACAAACUUCGUCAGACGAAUCAUCUCCUAACAGCUCAGAAUGAGAAACUCAAGAUCCAGGAGGCCAACCUCCAGAAGCGGAUAGCGAGUCUAGAAGCAGAGGUUCGGAAGCUGUCUGGGCAGCAGAACUUGCACCAGCGGAUCCAUCAUCAUGUCAAGAUCAAGGAAGAGAAUCAAAUUUUGAAGACGAGAGUAGAGGACCUUGAGUUGAAGUCCCGGAAGGAAUCAAUGUACCUCCAGCGGGCACUGGAAGAGCUGGCUAAGCACAGGACAGCUCAAGGAAAGCCACCAGGGUUGAAUAUUGAUGAGGAGCAGCGGCUACGGAGCAAAGUGGAGGAACUUGAAGAUGAAAAGCACCAAAUUGCGAAGAACCUUACCAAUGUCUGCCUUGCUAUUUUCCGGGCAUCAAAGGCAUCCGUUACUGGUGUUCCCUCUCCGCAUGGAGCUAUCGAGGCCCUGCAAGUCAUGGUGUCACGGAUGGAAGCCACGGAACGAGAACUUGCUGACCAGAAAUUCAAGGUUAGGUUACAGAGUUGCCUUGCUCCAGCACCGGCCAGCAUUGCUCCAGUUACGAACCCCGAUGAUCACUGAGACUGCCCCCGCAAACAGCUCCCCAGAUCUCUUUACCAGGCCUCACGCCCCCACUAAUCUAGGUCACAGAGUUGCGCCACCUGGCUC